AUGGCUUCCACAGAAACGCUGAGUCGGACGCCUCCGAUCCCGCCACGAAACCCAUUUCGACGUCUCUCGAGCGCCUCCAAAACAUCACCUGCGCUGCCCGAUAAACCAUUCCACAUCGAAACUGAAUUGAUACCGAAACCACUCUUCAGCAGAAGGACCACGCUUCCAUCGAAAACCGUUCAUGUCGUCACCGUAGAGCUACCAUCACCUGGAUUAUCGCCAAUCAUCUUACCAUCGGACACGUCAACCAUUUCAUCAAAUCGAUCAUCGUUCGUGAGCGUAAACUCAUCGCGACCUUCUACCGCAGCGACAUCUGGACCGAGUGAAUCAUCUUCGCGCGCAGGUUCGCUGACUUCUGCUUCUCCCGCGCUCGGUUGGGUGCCACCAUUGCACGUCGCAAAGCCACUCUUCGGGAGGAGCAACACCCUACCAUCCAGAGCAGCACCCAUCGCCAGGGAGGAAAUUUUGUCGCAGCGCCCCCUAUCGAACACGUUUCCAUUUGAACCUUCAAUCAAAGUCCCUGGGCUAAAGUUGCCGCCCGCACGGACCAAUUGCUUUUCUCCCGAUCCCGUUUGGACACCCCCUAAACGCGCUCCGAACCCCUUACCAAACCGACCUUUGAGGAGGACGCAGACCCCGAGAAAGGAGACGCUAAGAAGUUUGAGGGCGAAAGAUUCAGUCACUUGUCUGCAAGUUACCCCGGAGCGCAAAACUGUUGCGCGUUCCCAAACCGACCCACCGAAGAAGACUGCGCCCGAGAAGCGCAUUUCACUGUCGAAUAUGCGAACAUACAGCAUGGACGCCAAGGGCGUCUUUAUUUUGAACGAGUAAGAUUGCCUUAUAAUGAUUCAUGAACCACUACACUUCGCGCAAUUGUCUUAUAUAUAGAAGGGCUUUAAUAUGCGCAACAGCCAACGCAUUCAUGAAUGUAACAACAACAAGGUAAUCAAGGGACGGUGUGCAUGGGGAUAAAGGCGUCAAUGAUUUUACGAUACCAUGGGUCGGCGUUUCAAAGGUCAUGCUUCUGACUCUCAACUCC